UAUAUACAGAUCUUUUGAGACAUUUUGAAGGAGAACAACAGUUACUACACUAAUAAGUUUGCAGUGAGAAGUCGUCUAACCCUCCUUAUUGCUAACCCAGUUACAUAGGGAGCACCUGAACACCUCCUCUGUCCUCCAGCUGUCAGAUGGUGAGCAGGAGGUGAAGCCUCGACCCAAACGCAGACGCAUCCUCGACCCAAACGCCGUCGUCUCGGUGCCCGUUUACUCCAACAAGGUGAGCAGCAGUCUGCAGUGGAAGCCGAUGAUAUCGGCUGCGUUCACUGAAAAUGAAAACUCAGACGACGCUGCAGACGACACUUUGUGGACGAGGUUUUCUUCUCGAGCGCCGGCGCCCGACGUCGUCAACCUCAGCGACUCUGAGGAGGACGAAGCAGAAGUCCGGCAGGAGAAAGCAGAACUAGCAGCCGUCCGCUGCCCGUCCCCUCCACAGAGUCCGGUCCAGAAACAGUCCAGACAGGUCCAGAAGAAGAUCAGUGAGAUCGACAGAAAGCUCCGGGCGGUGAACUCCUUCCUGUCUCCUGAGCCUCAGGACAGGAAGUCCGUCCAGGACGGCGAGGACGACGAUGACGUCAUCGUCAUGAACCCGUUCUCCGGACGUCAGGUUUCUCCGUACAGCUCGUCGGUCCGUGAGAUCCCGCUGAAGAUCCGCUGCCGGACCGACGUCCACAAGAUCCCGGUUCUGUCGUCGACCCCUCUGAGUGAUGUGGUGACCCGGCUGUCCGUCGUCCUCGACGUUCCUCCUCCUCGCCUCCUGCUGCUGAGGGAGGAGGAGGAGCUCCAGACGGACGCCACCGUCGGAGAGCUCGGCCUCGGCAUCGCCGACAUCAUCGAGUGCGUCGUCAUGGCAGUUGAGGAUAAAAGUGAAGGUGACAUCAUCAGCAGCGACAUCAUCACUGUGAGGCUGCAGAGCAAAGACAGAGACUCCUCUCAGGAGUUCUCUCUGCACAGAGACUCUCCCCUUGUCUCCAUCUUCUCUCAGUAUUUGUCCCGGAUGUCCUCUGUUGAACAGACGAAGGUCCGCUUCCUCUUCGACGGCUGCAAAGUGACGGGCGGACAGACGCCGGCUCAGCUGGACAUGGAGGACGGCGACAUCAUCGAAGUUUGGAUUUAGAUUCAACUCAUGACAUCAUAUGUUUAUAAAGAAGAUCCACUCGGUAGUUACUUUAUUUGUAAAAUGAAAAUACACAAAUAAUGGAAUUAUAUGUUGAGACAUUUUUUUUAAAACUGACGGUAAACAUAUACGAUUCCAUAAAUAAUUGUACAAUUGUAAACUUAUUUUAAUGUUUCAAUAACCUCUGCUUCGUACUUUUUUUACUGAUACUGGAAAUAUUUAAUAAAAUGAGUAGAAGUUACUCUCCAUAAGAAAACUCUGAGGUAACGUCUCAGGGUUAAUUUAAAUGUUGUUAUUUGUUUAUUUUUAACAGUGUGUAGAUUUUAUUAACUGAGUUUUGGAGGAACAUUUGAAUCUGAAAUGUGAAAUAAUGUAAUGGAGGAGAGGGUCCAAUAUUCUCAAGAAUAAAGUAGUAUAAAAUUAAAAUGAUGCCUCAAAACCGUACUAAACAAAGGAAUUAAUUUAUAAAUAAUUGAAAAUGAACUAAUAAUAAAUUAUUAUU